AUGAUGAAUUUCAUAGACAAUUCAAUUGCAUGUACGGGAUGUCGUAUGAGACGUAAAAAAUGUGAUAAAGGGAAACCAAUAUGUUCUGGUUGUAUUGCAUUAGAUGUCCCAAAAGAACUUUGUAUUUAUCCAGAAGAAAGAACUCAAUAUAGAGGAAAACAACCAAGAGAAUAUAUUAAAGGAUUGAGAAACCAGAAUAAAAUAUUGCUAAAAGAACAAUUAAUUCAUAAACAUAAAUUUCAAGAUUGUUUUUUAAAAAAUUUCCAAUUUGAAAAUUAUGUUCAUUUACCUGUUCAAAAUAAAUCUAAUGUGGAUUUUAUAUUGAGAGAUCCUGAACAAGAUGAAUCUAUUAAUUGGGGGCAUGCUGGUAUGCUAAGUUAUCAUGCUUUACUUCAAAGUGAACCUUUGAUAUACAAAGCUAAUAAUAAAUUGAAUCAAUUCAUUCAAAUGGAAAAAAUACAUUAUUUCCAAAAUAAACCAAAAUCUGAAAUUGAUAUUCAAUAUAAUACCAAAUUAAAUUCAAUAAGAAAUAAAGUUACGGAAAUGUGUCUGGGAUUGAAAGAAGUUGAUGAAUCGGUUCUUUAUGAAGUUUUAUAUGCAGCUGCAGAUUUCUUGCCAAAUUAUACUACUGUUAAAUCAUUAUUUAUGAAAUAUUUCGAAUAUAAUUCACAAAGAGCUCUGGGAUUUGAUGAAGAAAAAGCCUUCCAGGAUUUUAAUUCAUUAUUUAAACAAGGUCCUCAAGGUGAAUUAGAACUGAUUUUGAAACCAACAGAUUCUGUGGCAAUUUAUUAUAAUAAAUUAGCUAUAACUUUGGUUAUUAUUUCAUAUCCAAUCUUAUUUCAAUAUUAUUCAUUACCUAACACAAAAAUAACAAUAAAUGAAAUAACCACUGAGUUGAAAAAUUAUAAUCCGAUUUCAUUAUUCGCAUAUAUUGAAAUUUUGGUUUUCACAGCUUCAUGUUUCCAAAACCCUAAACAUGAAAAAAUCUUAUGUACACCAACAAUUUUACAAGCUAUUUCACAAAUUAGAUAUUUUGAAUUUUAUUUCCCUCAUGGGAAGGCAGAUGAAGAAGAUACAAGUUUUAAUUCAUCAUUAGUUGCCAAAAUUGAAUGUACUUUUUUAAAAUCAAUGGAAUUGAAUAAAAAUAUUGAUCAAGUUUUUUCAAUGUUACCUUCACCAACUAUAGAUAAUUUGAAAACAUUAUAUCUUUAUAUGUUAAUUGUGGAUUUAAGAGAAAGCUUUGAUCUUGGAUUACCAUCAAAAUUCAAAUAUAAAGAAUUGAUUAAAUAUCAAUUCAAUAACCCGGAAAGAACAAAUCUUAUGAAUUGUUUAAUUAUGUGUUUUAGAGUUGUGGAAAGAUUCCAUAAAUUUGAAACUUUGUUCACGUUGGAAAAUCCUUGUGAUACAAUUGAAAUGGAUUUUAUUUAUGAAUUACAAGUUAUUUUACAAAUUGAAUUUCCCAAGUUGAGUGAAUUGAUUAUAGAAUUUCAGAAAUUAGAUCUACUCACAUUGACAGCAUCAGAUUUAUUAACUUUUACCAAUAAAUUUCAAAUGAUUUUUUGUAUUUAUACAAUGAUUAUCACAUUAUAUUCAAUAUGCAUAAGGAAAACUAACCAAUUUGAUCAUGGAAAUCAUGCCAGUUUGAACAAAUAUAAAAUCUUAAGCUUGAAAUAUUCAUUCUUAUUAAACCAUGCUACUGUGGAGAUUUUAAAAACUUUCCAAAGAAUUAUAAAUUCCAAGAAAUGUGAAUCUUUGGACCCAAUUGAACCUUUCAUAAGAUUUUCAAAUUAUUUAAGAUUUAGUAUGAAAAGAACUGGUGUGAUAAUUAUUGCUAGAAUGUUUGAAUUUUCUCCAUUCACAGAAGAUGAUGUAUUAUCGAAAAUUGAUCAAGAUUAUUCAUGGUUUAAUAAAUUGAAUUUUAAUCAAAUUGAAAUAUUACAAAAAGCAACAACAGGACCACAUUUCAAAAUUGAAGAUUUGGAAGAUAUACGAAUUGAUAGAACUCCUGAUGAAUUAUUUAUGAAAUUUAAAUAUUUUCUAGAUUAUAAAUAUCUAACACUGAGUGUUUUCAAAAUUAUGAAUGAAAUUGGUGAAUCAUUAAUCAAUACAAGAUAUGAUUUACAAUAUAUAAUUCAAAAUAAUUAUAUAUAUUCAAGGAUGUGCAAGUUGACAAUUUUUCUAAUAAAUAUGAUGGGGUUUAAUAAUGAAUUGUGGGUUACUUCUAGUACAAAGAGUGACAAUGGGUUAUAUAAAUAUACUCCAAUUAAUCAAAAUGAUGAAUCAAAAUAUGAGUUUUAUAUACCGGAAUUGAUCCAUGAUUCUUCAUGGGGUAGGAAAAGUUAUGAUGAAUGGUUUGGAAAUGAGAAGUAA